AUGAGCGACGAAACUGUUAUCCUCACUACCCACCGAGCUCUGGCUCUUCCAGAAAUCGUGGGUGGAAUCCUCCUUUGGAUUUACAAGGACCCUACAAUAAUCCGGUACCGCACACGUUGGUUACUGAAUUACACCUUGGUAAAUAAGACGUGGUACCAUGAAACGAUGCGUAUUCUGUGGAGCGACGUGGAAGCAGAUGGGAAACCCCUCGACGAGGUCAUGAUCAAAAUCUCCCCCGACCGCCGCCAGAUGUAUGCCAACCUUGUGAAGACUGCAACUGUGGAAACCUACAGCCAGAAGACUGAGCCAGUGGUACAGCCAGUUCUGGAAAAUGUGGUCUUCCCGCAGUUACACACUUUGCGCCUUGUUCUGGUCUUUCACAACAUGGACACCGAGGAGUGUAUCCGCACCCCAAAUUUGAACAUGCCAAAUAUCCAGACCCUUCAUGUCGACGGUUCGAUUGGGCCCACUUAUCUACACCCUGGCCAAUGGGACUAUCUCACUGAUCGGAUUACGAAGCUCUUUCCGAGGUUGUUGAAUGUUCGAAUUGAGAUACCAGCUAUCCUUUAUAUUGCGGGGUUUGAGACUCUAUCUGAGAACCUGCCAAAUUUGGAAUCUAUCGAGUUUGAGGAAAUCUUGUUCCUGUCGGAUGUGGAAGAUAGUCUGGAAGAUACAUAUAGUGAGGCUUUGGAGAACGAUAAUUUGGAGGACGAGAAUACGAAAGAUGGAGAUACGGACGACGGGGAUACGGACGACGGGGAUACGGACGACGAGGAUACGGACGACGGGGAUACGGACGACGAGGAUACGGACGACGGGGAUACGGACGACGAGGAUACAAGUAGCGAGUAUGAAUACAGCGAGAAUGCGGAUGAGGAGCUGGUGCAGCUUCUCACCUCUACGUUCACUUGA